CGGGUCUAAACAUCAAUCACCAUCGAGCCCCACGGAAGCUUGAAAUUCAUUCCACCCCCUCGCCGCAAAGUGCCGAAGUACUUUAAAAGCGCAUCUCCAACUCCCCGCACGGAACUUUGACUCCGCUCGCCAUUUCGCUCUGUAUUAGUAAAAUCCUAUCUCCCCGCCCGAGUGUCGGUUCCUCAUAAUGGAGCGACUUAUCCGCCCCGUCUCCCGGCAACUCCUGCGAUCUCGUCUGCGAUACCCUUACGCUAUUCCCCCACCACCGAUUGCGAAGAGACUCUACACCAUGGGACACAGCAAGCCUGAGUUGAAAGAUCCAUCUCUCUUCAUUGAGAAAUGCUACAUCAAUGGCGAAUGGGUUGGCGCCCAGUCUGGCGAGACCUUUGAGGUGCACGACCCCGCUACCGGACAGCUUAUUGGUAAAUGCCCGGAGCUCGACUCCUCAGACGUCGAGAAGGCUAUCCAGGCCGCCACAGAGGCCUUCCCUACAUUCCGCACAACCCUGGCCCGCGAGCGCGCCCGUAUGCUUCGCCGAUGGUACCAAUUGAUGAUGGACAACGCAGAGGAUCUGGCCAAGCUGAUCACAUGGGAGAAUGGUAAGCCAUUGGCCGACGCCAAGGGCGAGGUGAACUACGCCGCCGGCUUUUUCGAGUGGUUCAGCGAGGAGGCCCCUCGCAUUUACGGAGAUACCAUUCCGGCAUCAGUGCCCGGUAACCGAGUCAUCACCCUUAAGCAGCCCGUCGGUGUAUGUGGUCUGAUUACUCCCUGGAACUUCCCGGCUGCCAUGAUUACCCGGAAGAUUGCCCCGGCCCUGGCGGCUGGUUGUACUGUGGUUGCCAAGUCACCCCAGGAGACACCCUUCACUGCCAAUGCGCUGGCCGAGUUGGCUCACCGUGCGGGUAUCCCCAAGGGUGUUGUUAACAUUGUGACUGCCUCGAAGAAUACCCCAUCUGUGGGUGAGACCAUCACCACACACCCAGAAGUGCGUAAGGUUUCGUUCACUGGCUCGACAAAUGUCGGCCGUCUGCUCAUGAAGCAGGCUUCGUCCACUCUGAAGAAGGUCUCUUGGGAGCUGGGCGGUAAUGCGCCAUUCAUUGUUUUCGAUGAUGUUGAGGAUCUCGACGCCGCCGUUACCGGUGCUAUUAACUCCAAGUUCCGCAGCUCCGGACAGACCUGCGUCUGUGCCAACCGGAUCUACGUGCAGAAGGGCGUGUACGAUGAAUUUACUAAGCGGUUCACUGCCAAGGUUAAGGACUUCAAGCUCGGCGCCGGUUUCGAUGAGGGAAUUACUCACGGCCCUGUCAUUCACGAGCGUGCUGCCGGCAAGGCUCACGAGCACGUCCAAGACGCUAUUAAAAAGGGUGCCAAGGUCCUGAUUGGUGGCCAGAAGGCCUCUGCUCUUGGUCCUAACUUCUACGAGCCUACUGUCCUGUCAGGUAUGGACAAGGACAUGCUUCUCGCCUCCGAGGAGACCUUCGGCCCCGUGGCCGGUCUUUUCCCCUUCGAGACUGAGAAGGAGGUUGUUGAUCUUGCCAACAAGGCCGAGGUUGGUCUCGCCGGUUACUUCUUCAGCGGCAAUGUCCGCCGUAUCUUCCGUGUCGCCGAGGCUCUGGAGGUUGGCAUGGUUGGUGUCAACACUGGUUUGAUCAGUGACGUUGCUUCACCGUUUGGUGGUGUCAAGCAGAGUGGUUUCGGCCGCGAGGGCAGCAAGUAUGGUAUUGACGAGUUUAUGGUUAUCAAGAGCGUUACCUUUGGCGGUAUGGGAGAGCCUCUGCAGGAAUAGAGCUUUCCAAGCAUAUUAAAUGAAAGCUGC